AUGUUUGGAAAUGCAAAGGACGACGAGAGUCCCGCAGCCGACACCCCUGCCAACCAUGACGCGCCCAAACCCGCAGCCCCAGUGGCGGACAACGCAGCUGCUGCACCGACAAACACAACCAGCAACGGCUCCGCUUCCAUAGAUCGCAAGCCCAGUGACGCUUCCGCCCCCACCGAGAGAAAACGACGGAGUAGUGGCGUAUCGCGUGCCCGCGACAUGUUCUCGAGCGCGAAACAGUCGCUGCACCUCGGCGGCUCUUCUCCCACCAACACCACCACCAACAACACCAUGACCGAAAAGGCCGCACCCCAGACGCCCAUGCAGAAGCUGGGCAAGUCGGAUGCCGCUCUCAGCGUCCCCCAGGGCUCUCUCAACAACUCAGCCGGCGAGUCGGCGCCCGGCCCACGAUCUACCUUCCGCGUCGGUGUCACAGAGGAUAAGAACAAGAAGUGCAGACGAACGAUGGAGGAUACCCACGCAUACCUGUACAACUUCCUGAGCACCCCAGCGCCCUCGUAUGCCGCCGACAAGGCCCGCGCCAUCUCCGACGCCAGCUCCACUCAGUCGGACCCUCUGUCGCAAGCCGUAGUUGAGACGGACAACGGAUACUUCGCCAUCUUCGACGGACACGCCGGAACCUUCGCUGCCGACUGGUGUGGAAAGAAGCUUCACCUGAUCCUGGAAGAGACAAUCCGGAAGAACCCCAACACCCCGAUACCCGAGCUGCUCGAUCAGACCUUCACCGUAGUCGACCAGCAGUUGGAGAAGCUUCCUUUGAAGAACAGUGGUUGUACCGCGGUUAUUGCAGUUCUGAGGUGGGAGGACCGAGUACCCAAUGCGCAAUCGUCCACCGGCUCAGUGCUCUUCGCGCCCGCGGCUGUAUCGGCUAUCAAGCAUGCAGGCGAAGGCGGCGAGGCUACCGAUUCCGCUGUGGAGCCCGCAGCUGAACAGCAAGUCGAGGCGAGAUUACGCAACGAGGCCAGCCGACAGCGCGUGCUGUACACCGCCAACGUAGGUGAUGCGCGUAUUGUCCUCUGCCGCAAUGGCCGAGCGCUGCGCCUCUCCUACGACCACAAGGGCAGCGACGAGAACGAGGGACGCCGUGUUGCUAGUGCCGGCGGCUUGAUCCUCAACAACCGCGUUAACGGCGUCCUUGCUGUCACACGAGCACUGGGCGAUGCCUAUAUGAAGGACUUGGUCACCGGACACCCGUACACGACCGAGACUGUGAUUCAGGCCGAGCAGGACGAGUUUCUCAUUCUCGCUUGCGAUGGUCUCUGGGAUGUCUGUUCCGACCAGGAAGCCGUCGACCUAGUCCGCCAAGUUCACGAUCCGCAAGAAGCAUCCAAGAAGCUUGUCGACUACGCCCUCGCACGCUUUUCGACCGACAACCUCUCCUGUAUGGUCGUUCGCUUCGACAACAAGGCUCUUCGCCAGCGCAAGAACGACGCCGCGAUGGGUGUGGACGGUGACCAGUCGACCAUGAAGGGCGGAAUCACCGAGGCAGACGCCAUCGUAGCACAAGCGAAGAAGUCAAUUGGCGAGCCUGAGAUACCGGUCGAAGCAGCGGCACAGGAAAUUAUUAUGGAGGAGGCCGAGGCUGAGCCCGGUCCUGAGCUCAACUUGGACGCCGCAAAGGCAGCCAGGAAACACGACGCAUAG